CGGGUCAGUCCAUUUCUAACCUUUGAAUACAAAUAAUCAUACCAAUUUGUCCCUAAUGACGCCAAUCGCAUAUCGCCCCAUCAAGUUGAGGGGCAAUGUCAAAUUCAAAUUUCCCAACAUUUCUCAUCCCUCCCUCGGUAUGCAGACCGUGACCGGACGUUUUCGUCGGAUACAACCCAACCUGUCUCGUUCUGAGGUGGAUCCCGCCAUUCUUGACGAGAUGUCGGUUAAAUACACCAAUUUUUCGGGACUCUUAGGUUUCCAAGACUCCCAUUUUAAACACUACCCUAUCAAAACUAUGAUCCUAACCGCGGUACAAUUUGCCCUCUAUUGGAUGCCAGGAUUCGACGUGGCAUCACCCGAACUGGAUUUUGCGGCACGUCAAUUAAUCUGGAUCUGGUUUUUGGACGAUCCCAUGGAAGAGAUUUGGAAUCGCGCACAAAAACUUGACAAGAAACCAAACAUUGACGCAUUACGAUUCGUAAAUGACACGUAUAUUAAGAUAUUUAGUGGUAAAUCCGUCCCUAAAGAAAUUCCAGUGCUAGAAGAAUUUCCUGAAUUCGGAUCAAUGUGCGCUUGGGCGACGGACCUAACGAUUCGAAGUAAGGAGUUUGCAAAAAUCAGUUCCGCCGACGAGAUUGAAUAUGUCGUUGAAACUUUGCAAACCAUUUUUGACUGUUACCAAUGGCACACGAUUAGCCCAGUGGACAAAAGGUAUAAUCUAAGGACAUUCCAGGACUGGGGAGUCGUCAAUUCUGGGGGUAGUUGGACCCUGGAGAUGAUCGCGUUUGUCAUGGGGAUACGGCUAUCCUCAGAAAUCAGAAGGAAUCCCGCCUUCCGUAAAAUGAUUAACAUCGCAUCAGGAAAUACUCAGUUGGUCAAUGAUAUCUUGGGGAUGGGAAAAGAUUUUGGAAAUCAUAUCGAAGGUGAAGUCGACAGCGAGCUCGUUUUCCGUGUCCUUACUAAAGGAGAGAAUCUACAAGACGCUGUGAAUUCCAUGUGUGCCAGGAUUAGUCAAGACCUCGAAGACUUGAUCUUCAUUAAACAAACACUUAUCGAUCUUUUUGGCGAGGAGGAGAAUCUUGUCAGAUUUCUUGACGUGAUUGACACAUUUAUCGAUGGGCAGAACGUGACUUAUGUGGAGAAUAUUCGGUACAAGUGUAAACGAGGGUAUGUCAGCUUAUCAAAAGAGAGUGAUGAAGAGGAUGUCCAGUUUACGAUUUAAUCGACGGGAAUUCCAUGUCCGGAAUUCCAUAUGAAUCCUCAAAUUUCUCACAUGAUUGUCAUAUUUUUUGGGGGAUAUUUCUUACCGAAUUUUGAUUAUUACUUAAAUAAAAAUUCCGAUUUAGACAAACCA